GUCCUAGCUUCGACAAAACAAAUCCGCAGCUUCUCUUUCACAGAUCGUCAUUCCAGCCAGAACCAUGAACUGCAUUCGGAAGAUUAAACAAACAUGCAAAGACAGGGUUACAUCGCAAUUUAAAUCCCACACUUAUCUAGCUCUUUCAAGAACAUCUUAUAUAGUACUUGGCUGCAGCGCGUGGAUGGCUAUCUCAAUCAGGUCACUUUCCUGCUGCAUCAAGUACGAACCUCAAUAUUUUUUACUUUUCAGCCCAGCACAUAUCUGGGCUUUUGUAUUGAUCAUCCGUCAUGAAUAUAAGGAACUGGAAGAAGUCCAUUUGGAUUGGGAGAGAGAGGAAGCUCAGGAGAUCAGGUCUCAAAAGUUGAGGGACGCAUCUAAGAAGAGUGAAUCAGAGGCUGACAAAUUAAGCGAUGGAAGCGGGAGCUCUAAUGGUGGAAAGUCAAAGAGAAGAAAUCAUAGAGGGGGGGUCAAGGCUAAGAAAAUAAGAGGUAGAAGUGAAGAGGCGAGUGCCACCUACAGUUAGUGGGGUGUCGAUCCUGAGGAAGUAUUAAGC